CCUUUUCGUCGGUGAAUAUUCCCGAUUUGUUAUCCGCAUUUGUCAUCUUCGGUAAUCGGUAUCGAUAUGCGUGUACAAAGCAUGAGGGGACGAUGGACCGUCCUCGCUGGUUUCGCCAUUGUUUGCGUGGCUAAUUUGCGAUUAGCUUUUUGCGAGAAGGAAUCGGGAAAUGAAGGAAAAAUGCAUUCAGAAGAAUCGCGACAGCAUACGUGCUGCGCCCGACAUGAAAAGAUGAUCGAAGUUGGAUAUGGAAUAUCCGGGGAAGUUAUCCAGAUCGACGCUGGACACUGCCGAAAGUUAUGUCCGCGACACGUUUCCGACGAUCCUGGGGAUGCUAGUCGACCAGCGGUGCAGAAAUGUUCAUCGGAUUUCCAUUGUCGCGCGAGAGCCGCCAAGCUGGAGCGAGUGUCUACAUUGCAGGGAGUUCGCGUAAUCGAGGCUAUAGAUGCUUGCGAUUGCUCGCCAGAAACGUCCUGCAGACGAGAAUCCUAUAUCCAUUAUGUACAUUCCGGUACGCCGCAUCAAGCAGUCGUGGACAUCGGAGUUUGCAUCGGUCAUUGCAUCAAAGAUCUGGAUUGCAAGCCGGUCCGGAAUAACACAAUCAGCGCCAAAGGGCCAAAUGGUGACGAGAUUUACCAAGUAGUCGAGAAAUGCGGUUGUGCCGGUCAUUGUUAUCGAAUGGACCACAUGGAAACUGUGCUGGAUUACAGCGAGGUGACGAUCAAAGAGGGUACAAAUACGACUGACGUGAGACCUGUGAUCCGACAAAUAAACGUCGGUCAAUGCGUUGGAACGUGUCCGGGAAAUGAAACGGAAACCUGUCUUCUACGAGAUAAAAAAGAGCCGUCCAGAUGUUUAGCCGGUCUGUAUUCGAAGCAGCACACUUGCACACCAGCCAGAUUUAAAGUGCACGAGUACAGAACCCGACGAGGAGCGAAAAGAGAAAUAAUUCAAAUUACUCAGUGCGCCUGCGUCUAGACUGAAAAUAUUAUUCCGUCGUGAAUAGCUUAAAUCGAAUCGAAGAUGAGAGAAAAAAGCAAAAGAAAGCAAUACGAAGAGAGAGAGAGAGAGAGAGAGAGAGAGAGAGAGAGAGAGAGAGAGAGAGAGAGAGACAGCUUGUUAAACAUAUU